GGACACACGCCUCCAGCGACCCGCUGUGUUCACUAUUCCUCAGCAACUGGAUACUUGCUCCGACACAUGAACAAAGACCAGAUUUUUUAUUUGCUUUUUUUGAUUUAAUUUAAUUUUGUUUUGUUUCUUAAACUGUUUUUUUUAAUCGUUCGUUUUAAAGACAAAAGUGCGUGUACCGGGAACUUUGCUCCUUCGGAGCCGCACUUUACUAGACCAUGAAAGCCGGCGUGUAGAGAAGAGAAGAGCAUCAACCUUAAACUUCACAGACUUUCACAGCUCCGGUAGAGGCUUGUUUACCUGACCAAACCUGGUUCAAGCCUGCCCUUUAUUUUUUAUUUUUUUAUUAUAAUUUUUUUUAUUUUUAUUUUUUAAAGAAGCGUUUCCGUUGGACUGAGGUCGAUUUUUUAAGCUUUUAAAGUUUAUUUUAGUGCCUCCUCAUAUAUAGAGAAGAUAAAGUGUGAAAGAAGGGCAGCCAGAGGCGUGGAUGUAUUUUCAGUCAUGGAUGUAACAGUUUACCCGCCUCCUCCGCAGUCUCUAGCCGCGUCUGAGCACACCAGGAUGGGCCAGUUCUCCUACCAGGACCCGGCCUUCGGGACCAACAAGCUGGAUGGGGACACCAUGUUCCUGGGCGUGCCAGAAGCAGGCCUUGACUUCGCCUCAGCCAAUCAGUUUCGUGUGCCACAGCCCCCUCACCCUCUCAGCAAGGUGACGCCACCCAACCCAUCCUCACAGCACUGGAGGAGAGAUGCACACAUGUCCGACAUACACCGCCUGCCCUGGUCAUACCCAGUGAGCACUUUGGGUGAUGAAGACUUCAACAUCCCGCCCAUCACUCCCCCCACUCUGCCAGACCACAUGGUGCCCCCUCACCUACCCCAUGAUUCCUCCUCUGGGCAGUACCACUCCAUGGAGCCCCCCUCUAUCUCAGCUACACACCACCCCUACCAGCUGCAGGGCAUGGACCUGCCCGGCAUGUCUGGCAGCCAGGACGGAGCCGCUAUGUUGAACCGAGACGGCAGCACGUUCAGCCCAGACAGAGGCCCGAUGACCAGUACUCUUUCUGUGAUGCAGCAGAUGGUGAACUCGGAUUCUCGGUUUACCAGCAGCCAACAGCCAAUCGAAGCAGCUCUUGGGCCCAGGAGCCAGUCAGGAGCUAGUCAACAAAGCCAGUUGUCCACUAUCAACCAGUCCCAGCUGGUGCUCAGUGGGAACUCUGCUACCCAUAAUUCCCCUUCACCUCCUGGAAGUAAAUCCGCCACACCAUCUCCCCCAAGUUCAGCACAUGAGGAUGACAAUGAUGAUGGACUCAGGGGAGAAAAGCGGCCAGCAACAGUGGACAUCUCAAAGAAACCUAAAACGCCAAAGAAGAAAAAGCGAAAGGACCCCAAUGAGCCAGUGAAGCCGGUGUCGGCAUACGCCUUGUUCUUCAGAGACACCCAGGCCAACAUCAAAGUGCAGAACCCUAACGCCACCUUUGGGGAGGUGUCAAAGAUUGUGGCUUCCAUGUGGGAUGGCUUGGGAGAAGAACAAAAACAGUUGUACAAGAAAAAGACUGAGACGGCUAAGAAGGAGUAUCUGAAACAACUGGCUGCCUACAGAGCCAGUCUGGUCUCACAGAGUUACAAUGACCCAUCAGAGAUGAAGCAGCCUCACCCUUCCUCCACAUCUUCCUCCUCUUCUACCUCAAUGUUCUCCUCCAGACCUUCAGCUUACCCUGGUCAUCCAGGUCAGCACUCUUCCUCCAGCUCUCUGGCCCACCCUCACCCUCUCCCUCCCCCCCAGCACUCUGGGAUGUACAUGCCGUACUCUCACCCACCACACCCUUCCCACGCCUCCAGCCCCGGUCACGGCCCACACCUACCUCCUCCUCACCCUCAAAUCCACCCCCAGCUCCAUGCACUGUCCACCAGGGGAACCGUGCCUCGGGUCAGUGUCCCCCACCAGGGAGCCAUGUCCAUGGGAAAUGUGGCAGCGGCGUCCACCCCUCCCCUCCAGGUUAGCCCUCCUCUUCACAGCCAGGCCCACUUGGGAGGGCUGCACAGCCCACACCAUCAGCACCAGCAGCUCAGUGGGCACUCCCUGGGAAUGACGCACUCCCCUGCCAUCACACAGGGUUAUGCUCCCUCCCUCCAGUCGGACUAUCAGUCGAUGGGCGGUGGCAUGCUGAAUAGCGGAGCGGUGAUGUCAUCAUCAGUGGACUACCACCAGCUGGGUCGACACACUCCCAACCACCAUCCCUCUCUGGACUGGAGCGUUGAUUACCAUGGCAACGGAGUUCUUCAGAGAGAUAAACCUCUGUAUCUGAGCUAAUCUCAGGAAAAAAAAAAAGACGCCAAACAUCGACCCCACUACUGCCACAACCUGAACCUGCAGCCAUGACCCUCCAUCAGCGCUGGCAGCCUGGUCCAUCUUCAUCCCAGUGAGUUCCAGCUCUGAGAGGACUCACGGGGACUUGAAGACAAAAUGUGAACUUCAGUUGAGUUCAGCACUUAAAACAAAAGCCCAAACAGGAGAAAAAUGGCGCAAUUUCUGUGUAUUACAACAGUUUCUUUAAGGUAGAACAGAUUUAAGAAGUGACCUGAGCAUUCGUUAUUGGCUGUGUUUUUUUUGAUCACCUACUGUGUAAAGCUACCAUUCAAAAAGAAACUGUGCACCAGCAAGGAGAGAAGGGCGAGUCCUCUGCUGAGAACCAUGUUGAUAAGUGUAUAUACUCCAAUAUUUCCUGUCUGCUCAAACGCUUUCAUAUCUAGUUUCUCAUUUUGUAAGGAUGGUGUUUACCGUCAGAUCCAAAAGGCUCUUCAUUUGUAAAUUGUUGUAACUUAAUUUUUUUUAAGUUAUCGAUUUUAAAGCUGUUUUUUUGUUUUGUUUGUUUUUUAAUUGACUUUCUAAGUGGUUGUGUCCUUCUACAGUCAAAGUUAGAAGCACACAUCACAAAAACAGAGGAUCAUUAACCAAAUACCAUUUAAAUUAUGUUCCCCCAGUGGCUUUAGUUACAUGAUGCUUUACUGCCAUAUGGACUGAAGUCCAGCUCGCUGACUGCAGACACAGUAAAACUAAAUCUUGUGACUAUCACACAGUGAUAAAGACUUGAUUUACGCUGCUGUUGGCAGUUAAAGACAAGAGAAAACUCGGGAACAUCACCUCGAUUCGUCUGUGAAAGACUGAAGAACUUUCUUUGCUCUCCAAUAAAUAUGAUGUAUUUUAGUCCCUGAAAUUAUAAAAUGUCAAACAAUUGUUUGUUGUAAAAAAAAAAAAAGAAAAAAAGAAAUGAAAAGAAAAGAAAAACAUUGUUUGUAUGAUGCCAGCUCCUCCUCCUGGCAUAUGUCUGUUGAUAUUAUUGAUUUGGAUCCAAACUGUGUGUGAGAGCGUGAAGUGUUAAUGAGAAAGCAGAGUGCUUGAUUGAGUUGCAUGGUCUCCUUUGUCAUCUCUAUUUCUCUGUGCUCAGAGGCUAUUUAAGAAACUAUAAUUGUUGCUGGGUUAGCCCUGUUUUAAUGUUGUUGUUUUUUCAUUUUUUGAAUAAUCAAAUCGAGGGUCGUUUUCGUCAUUAAGACAAAGUUGAAAGACAUAUCUCACUCUUGUUCUGUAUCUGUUUGUAUUAAAGUGUUUUUGCUUUUUUUUGUUUUGUUUUGUUCUUUUGGGCAUAUGAAAGGACUUUGGCAAACAAGAACCAUUAAGAUUUUCUUAUUUUUAGAUUCUAAUAAUGUGUUUGAGAAUAAAGGCAGUGCUGCACUGAUGUGCAGCCAUUACUCCAAAA